AGAGAGAGAGAGAGAGAGAGAGAAGAGGGAAAGGAAGAGGCGCGGGCGGUGGUGGUAGCGGGAGACGCAAGUAUGUCGUACCUCCUGCCGCACCUCCAUUCUGGGUGGGCCGUGGAUCAGGCGAUCCUGGCUGAGGAAGAGCGCCUCGUCGUCAUCCGCUUCGGCCACGACUGGGACGAGACGUGCAUGCAGAUGGAUGAGGUGUUGGCAUCUGUUGCGGAGACCAUCAAGAAUUUUGCUGUGCUAUACCUGGUUGACAUCACUGAGGUGCCAGACUUCAAUACCAUGUAUGAGCUGUAUGAUCCAUCAACCGUGAUGUUUUUCUUCAGGAACAAGCAUAUCAUGAUUGAUCUUGGGACGGGAAACAAUAAUAAGAUCAAUUGGGCCCUCAAGGAUAAGCAGGAGUUUAUCGAUAUCGUGGAAACCAUCUAUAGGGGGGCAAGGAAAGGUCGUGGUCUGGUGAUUGCUCCAAAGGACUACUCUACCAAGUAUCGCUACUAGUGAAAUGAGCUUGUGUCAUUGACUCAUCUCAAUUGCAGCUUGAACCGUUACAUGUACCUAAAGAUGGCAUGGGGUAAUGCUUGUGUGAUCGAUACCGGUGUCUAGCACCAACAACUUGGCUUGAUCCUGCUUCUAAAAGAACUUGGAUGUCUCUUGUUGAUUCAAUCGGUAAAUGAAUGACGGAUCCACGGAAAUUAGUUCCCUUGUGGAUCUGACUUCAUAUUCUUGAA